CGGGGGUAGGCUCUGAGGCUGCCCCUAUAGGCGAGCGAGCUACAGCAUCGAAAGCAUCUCGCUGUGCUCUGGACAAAGUCCCAGGGACAACCUGGGAUCCUCCCUAAGCGGCCACCACCGGGCCUCACGGCCCGCUUUGCCACUGUCCGGUCUUGUUCUGCGCUGCCAAACGUCGUCGCCGGCCGCCACUGCUGAAGAGAUCUCCACCCCGGUGAAUCCCAGGCUGCUGUGCAGACGCCGGCCCUGGUGGGGGACCUAGAGGCGGAGCAGAGAGAUGUAAAAGUAAGGGAAGGAUUACAACAAGAAGAUGCAUUUGAGCCACUGUGCCUCGGCCAUCAGAUCACUUACUUGGUGUCUCGUAGUGUACAUGAGCCUAGCGUUGGAUGCUUCACCCGAUCCUCCUGGUGCUUAUGUUGAACACUGUAAUUUCAAGAUGGCAUUUAGAAAAUACCGCUCAAUCUUAUCAUGGGAGUUGAAAAACCACUCCAUUGUACCAACUCACUAUGCAUUAGAGUAUACAAUCAUGAGUAAAAAAGAAGAUCUCAAGAUUAUCGAGAAAUGUACGAAUAUCACCAGAUCAUUCUGUGACCUGACAGAUGUGUGGCUAGAUGUGGAUGAGACAUACGUUAUCCAAGUGAAAGGGUUCAGAGGGGAAACCUUGCUGGUCCAGUGCACCGAUACCGUCACGGCCACGAACAUGGCUCUUGAGCCCCCAGACUUUGAGAUUAUUGGCUUUGCAGACCACAUCAACGUGACUGUGUACUUUCCAUCUGUGACCCCCAAGUUCUGCGGGGAAGAACUACACGAACAUGCAUCACUGGUCAUUGAUGAACACUCGGAGAACAUUGAUCAGAGGCAUGAACCCAAAAUAAAUGGAAACUUCAGUGGAAAUUUCAGUUAUGUCCUUAAUGAUUUAAUGCCAAACACAAACUACUGUGUAUCUGCUUAUUUUGAGUCAAGAAGUUCAACCACAGUAAUAAAACCUCCUUUAAAAUGUAUCCUCCUUUAUCCUGGCCAAGAAUCAGGGACAUCAGAAUCUGUAAAAAUAGCAGUACUUACUAUUUUUUUUAUAUCAGUGACCAUAAUAAGCGUCAUCUUAACACUGAGACAGAUUGGAUGUGUGUGUUUACGCACUAAUUUUCCCAAAGUCUUGAUUUUUCAAAACUUUAUAACCCAGAGAUUUCCCGAAAUACCACUGUUGGAAGAAGUGAAUAUAGUGGAGGUCAUUUCCAUCAACAGAAAGAAGAAAGUGUGGAAUUAUAAUUAUGCUGAAAGUGACGACGAGGAAAAUGAAAAUGAGGCGCCCCUCAAAGCAAGUGCGGGGGGUUACACUACGCAUGGCCUGACUGCCCGGCUUCUCAGACAGAUCCCCACCUCUUCAGCCACUUCCCAGGCCUCCCAUCUGGAAGACCCAGCAGAUGAGCUGUCUGAGGACCCUGAAGAGGAGACACAGCCCCAACCCCAGCUUCAGCCCCAGCCCCAGCCCCAGCCCCAGCCCCAGCCCCAGCCCCAGCCUCCUGCAGCACUACAGCCCAGCCCAGGGCAGAAGGAAUUUAUAAGUGAGCCCCGCAAGAGGACCACAGGUCCACUCCAAGACCCCCAUCCCAGGGACAACAAUAGCAACUUUACUGGGGGCUCUGGGGACAAAAUUACCUUCAAUGUGAAUUUAAAUUCUGUAUUUUUGAGAGUUCUCCAUGAUGACCCGCAAGACUCUGAAGAAGCCACGCUGGUAUUACCUCCUCCCAGAGAGACUGCCAACCUAGAACAUGGUCCCCAAGAGACAGAGUCAAGCCUUCUGGUGGCCGGUGGGGAAAAGCUCCAAGUGCUCUUCCCUAGCCUCCCUCCUGAGUGCCUGUGGACAGGAGAUGAACUCUCUGAUAAAAGUGACACCAAUAGUUCUGAUGUGGACGAUGAUAUCAGGGAUGGUUAUAUCAUGAGAUGACUCCAAAUUACUUCGUUAACCUUACCUGAGAGAUACCUACAGGAUUCUUACCUUGAGCCCUAAUCUGCAGGCUUGUGGUCAGAAACUAUAUAGAAUCCCUAGUUCUUCAGGUGACUCCAUCUAUGCAAAUGCCCUCUGUGGGGAACAUAGCAUUGCUCCACUGUCUGCAAGUUCAGAGUGACACACUUUGAAGGAGCCUGUCCCUUCCACUCCCUUAAUGCUAAUACAUGUCUGAUGUUUGUACAUUUGGUUUCCCAGGGUAAAGGCCUUGCUGGGCUUGCAAAGGUGCUUUAAGAAAUAAUUACAUUGAGCCAGAAAGGAAGGAGGGAAAGAGGAAAGCACUCAGGAGCUUCCAGCAGUGUCCAGCAGAUGAAUGCCCAUUGCCCAGGAGGCUGCAGAAUGUGCCAUGAAGUAGGCUAGGGAGAAGGCAGACACAUAAAAAACAAGGGCAGCACAGCAAAGUACCCCUCUCAGAUGUUAUAUUGACUCCUCCCCUCAGUACUUCAUACACAGCCAGGUAUCCAGCCAUCCCCAGUUUAAGAAAAACACAUACAUUAAUUCCCUGAGUCAAGCGAUAGGGAUAAAAAUCUCAGGGCCAUGUAAGUCUUAAAAGAUCCUACUUGCCAAUUUUAAAAGUGUUACAUGUGUUGGUUCCACAUGCCCUAUAUGGAAAUAUAGUUGCAGUGAGUCGAGGAAGAAGCAAGAAGCAAGGCUGUAGGGUCGUGUACCAGUCUGUGGACUACUAACAUUUUACUGUGUGAAGCUGGGUGUCUUCUGAGCCUCUCUGAGACUCGUCUUCUUCAUUACAUAAGAGGAGUGCGCCAGGCAAUUAGCAAGAUUUUAUGAGUCUUGGAAAAGUAGGAGAAAAAAAUACAGGAAUACUUAGAAGUGUUGCCACGCAACUAGGCUGGCAGUGAAUGAAAGGUGUAGGAGCCUACUCUCUGUCACCGGAGGAGCUGAUUUCUCAGAGCCCCUUCCCUCUCUCCUCCCACAGCACACACACAGUAAGGGACUAGGAGAGGAAAUUCAGAAAGGGAGAAACAACGCUUAUACCAGCCUCACUGUAAGGACCUUGAAUAGGUGACUGGUGUAAUUCCUCUGCAUCUGUCGUGUUCUGAAAAUCUCCAGAAUAAUCUUUUGAGAUAAAUUCUCUGUGGCUGUGUGUGCAUGUGUACGCUUGUUUUU